AUGGACCUCCUCAAGAUGUACAAGCAAAAUGAAAUUUUACAGGACUACAUAAAUAUAUAUUUUGAUGACGACAAGGAACCUACUGCCCAAGGUAACAUCAAGUAUAAAAUAUUAGACGUGAUAGGACAUGGAGUAUACGGGGUGGUUUAUAAAGCCUACUGUCUGAACAGCAUGUGUGUGGUGGCCUUAAAACAAACCUACCAAAAGCAUGCACGCAUUUUUAAAGAGGUAGAGAUUAUGAAGAAACUGAGACAUCCUAACAUUGUACAAUUGAAGCAUGCAUUUUAUACGAAUACUUCAAAUGGAGGUAUUUAUGUUCAUAUGAUUAUGGAAUAUGGAAAUACCGAUUUGGCUACUUCCCUUUAUUAUAUUAGUAUACAAAAUUCACCUGACCAUGUUAAUACUUUUUAUGAACCGCGUGCACACCAAGAGGGGUAUGCACAAAAUGGUUAUGGCUCUAUGUUUGAGGAGGACUAUUUGAACGAGGGGAACUUUUCAUGUGGGACGGACAAUCCGGAAGGAUCAUUGCUUGGCAACUCCAAUCGGUUGACCACAUCCCAAGUGCAUUGUCCUAAGGGAGCAAGCGGCAUGAUCAAAAAUGCUGUCAGUAGCUUCAAUAUAAAUGCUCUACAAGAGAGCAUCAGCCAUAUUUGCCCUUGUCACAAUAUAAGUGAAUACAUUAAAAAAAGUUUCCUUAAUGAGAAUCAAAUUAAAAUUUACCUCUAUCAGUUGAUUCGGGCCACCCUGUACCUGCACACGUUAUGUAUAACACACCGAGACAUUAAGCCACAAAACGUUCUUAUCUUUGUGAACAAGCAGAGUAGCAACGGGGCAGCGGGGGGGUUAAAGAAUGGCGAGAAGAAAAAGUGUCUCGUGUGCAUUCAAAAUUCUUUUAAGGUUAAGUAUAUAAUGAAUAGGCGGCGUAGGGGGGAGGCAUCUGACGCGGCGCUGGACCAAGCUGCUCCGGAGGGGGACCUCUCCCCCAAUGGCAUAACUCACGCACACAGUGGGUGCGAUAAAAGCGAAUCACCUAGUAGGGAGCCGUCCUGUGGUGCUAGCCCCACUUGUGAUAAGAGGAUACAGGAGGACGAUUCGCAAAAUGAGCCACGACCUUCCGAGGAGGGCACCGUUGGGCAGGAAGCCCAUUCGGGUGACAGUCACCAUUGGAUGCAGACCACCCCAUGCGAGACUUCCAAAGGGGGUGCGCAAAGGUGUAGCAGCAGGAGAAGCACUCCGUUCUCCCACAACUGUGACAUGAACAAUUUGAGCACAGACGACAUGCAGUUAAACAAAUCGGCGAGCAUGACCAUGACCCAGUCGUUUAAGGACACGUACGAAACAUGCCAGGCCAGUUCGAAGGAAAAUACCUCCGCAAUCCCCUCUAAGGAGGGAGAUGAUAUAUUGCCCCAUUUAGAAGUCAAUUCAGCACACGAGGAAGAGGAGAUCAGCUUGAACAGAAUAUACAUGAACUCCAUCACGUAUAAGUAUAUUAAGUUGUGCGACUUUAAUACCUCCAUUAAGUUGAAAGAGAAUUACAAAUACUUCAGCUAUGUGUGCUCAAGGUAUUACAGAGCCCCCGAGCUGCUCUUUGGGUCGAAUUAUUAUAGCCAAGCCAUUGACACCUGGUCCAUAGGCUGUGUGAUGGGCGAACUGAUCCUUGGGAAGCCGCUCUUCCUUGGCAAUUGUGCAUCUGACCAGCUGGUUGAAAUAAUAAAAAUACUAGGGACGCCCAACGAUGAAGAUUUCCUCUCAUUUAAAAGUGGCCACAAGAAUAUAAAGCUACCUCAAGUCAAACCAAUAACGUUAAAGAAGCUCAUAAAAAAUCACAGCUCGCAGGAGAGCAUAGACUUGCUCGGUAAGCUGCUUCAAUUCAACCCGCAGAAGAGAAUUAAAUUGUGUAACGCACUUUUGCACAAGUACUUUGACGAUAUACGAAAUUUGAAUGCCUUCAAGGAUGAUCGUAGUGGGGGUAGUACUUUUCAUUUGCCUUACAUAACUAACUGUUUUAAUUUCACCAAGGAGGAACUCCUACAUUUCACCGUCGAGGAGCGAAAAAUACUCAUACCGUUGGAAGUGCGGCGUAGCAAAUUGGACGAGGUCAUGCAGUACAUAGACAUGCCGCUUGAGCACUUUAAUCAGAUGUACCCGAAUAAGGUGCACUUGGCCUGUUGA